AUGCAGCAAUUGCACAAUUUUAUUCUAUACAAUUUUCUGCACAUGGCUAAAUUGAGUCAUGUCUUCAUAUUGCACUGCUGGUCAAUGGACUCACUUGAACACUUAGCGAAGAUGGCACAGUCUAAAAAUGUAUUUACCCAAUUUAUAUCAUUGGACUCCUCACUCCAAUUGAAUAAUGACUUCCUCAAUCACAAUAUUCUUAAGUUGGGCGUUUUCCUGGAUAUCAGUUGUAAUCAAAGCGGUGUUGUUUUGGACAUGGCCAGUGCAAAGAGACUUUAUGGUUAUCACUAUCAUUGGCUUAUCUACGACGAGUCGAUGGAAUUUUCCAAAAUAGAAAAUCAAUUCAAAGAGGCUCAGCUCUUUGUCGAUGCUGAUGUAACCUAUGUCAAGCAUGAUCUUGUUUCGAAAAACUUUAUAUUGUAUGAUUUGCACAACAAAGGAAGGCAGCUAGGUGCAAAAUUAAAUAUAACACUGGAUCGGGAAGUUAUCUGCAAUGAACAGGAAUGUCGAGUACAACGAUAUCUAAGUGAUCUACACACAAGGAAUCUCCUGCAGCACAGAAAGUCCUUUACUGGAUUAACCAUGAGAGCCACUGCUGUAGUCACCCAUUUACCGCUGAAUGUCUCUAGACAGAAGAUCUUUGAUUUCAUGGAGUCCAAGGAACAACUUUACUUGGAUACGUACGGCAGAUUGGGCUAUCAGGCUCGACAACCUUUGAGGGAUAUGCUGGACUGCGAGUUUAAGUAUAUAUUUAGAAAUCGCUGGUCGGAUGGCAAUGCAACGGGCGGCAUGAUUGGGGAUCUUAUCCUGGACGUGGCUGAUCUGGCGAUAGCUCCUUUCAUCUAUUCCUUUGAUCGGGGCCUCUUUCUGCAGCCCCUCACAAAGUUCAGUGUUUUCCGGGAGAUUUGCAUGUUCCGGAAUCCCCGGUCCGUGUCCGCUGGUCUGAGUGCCACAGAGUUCUUGCAACCCUUCAGCGGAGGCGUUUGGCUGACAUUCGUCCUUCUCCUUUUCCUGGCUGGCAUUCUUCUAUGGAUCACCUUCAUUCUGGAGCGCCGCAAGGAGUGGAAGCCCUCGCUGCUGACCAGCUGCCUCCUCUCCUUCGGAGCUGGCUGCAUUCAGGGGGCAUGGUUCACACCUCGAUCGAUGGGCGGGCGAAUGGCCUUCUUUGCCCUGAUGCUGACCUCGUUUAUGAUGUACAACUACUACACGUCGAUUGUGGUGUCAAAGCUGCUGGGCCAGCCAUCCAAGUCGAGCAUCCGGACGCUGCAGCAGCUGGCGGACAGCAGCCUGGAGGUGGGCAUUGAGCCAGCCAUAUACACCCGCAUCUAUGUGGAGACCUCCGAGGAGGCGGACGUGCGCAGUCUGUAUCGGAACAAAGUGCUGGGCAGCAAGCGUUCACCGGAUCGCAUUUGGAUAGCCACCGAGGCCGGGGUCAAGGCGGUGCGGGACCAGGAGGGCUUCGUCUACAUCACCGGCGUGGCAACGGGCUACGAGUUCGUGCGGAAGUACUUCCUGCCCCACCAGAUCUGCGAGCUCAACGAGAUUCCACUGCGCGAUGCCUCCCACACCCACUCGGUUGUGGCCAAGAAGUCCCCAUAUGCGGAGCUAUUCAAACUAAACGAGUUGCGGAUGCUGGAGACAGGGAUUCAUUUAAAGCACGAACGUUAUUGGAUGGAAACCAAGCUGCACUGCUACCAGCAUAAUCACACGGUGGCCGUGGGUCUGGAGUACGCCGCUCCCCUGUUCAUCCUUCUACUAGGUGCGAUCAUCGUCUGCAUGGGCGUGCUGGGACUGGAGGUCAUUUGGCACCGCCACUCCAAGCUGCAUUGA